AGUGUGCAGACCCCCGCUGCUUUGGGGUCUUGGCCCUUGGGCUCUGGACCCGUUUCCCCAUCUGAAAAAUGGGGCUAAUAGUGGAGGGGAGGGAGAUCAGGGGGGACGGCUAAUUCCACAGGAGAUAUUGGUGCCACCCAAGCCAGCCACAGGAUGGUGUCCAGGCACAAAGGAGCCCCUGGGUAGCUGUGAGCCAGGCCACCUCCCGCUGUGCCUCAGCUUUCCCACAGGUAAAAGAGCGUCCUGGGUGGUAACUGCCCCCUCUGGCAAUCCUUCCUGGGCUCUUGGGUUUCCCCGUUAGGAUCCCCCUGUUAAGGAGGAGACCUGGGCACUAGGGAAGGCCCUGCCCUGGCCUGUGUCCUGAGGAGGGCUCAGCUCACAGGUAGUGCAGGUGACUUCCUCCAGGCCCCCGCUCCUCAGAGCUGUACUCCUGGGGGGCCUCGGUUCUUCCUGACACCCCUCACUCCAGUUACUAAGGGGAGCCCAGCAAGUGCCCGCCUGAGGAGAGAAAAGGCGCCCCCCCUUGUCUCUGACCCCCACACCUUGGGUGCCCUCCCCCCAGGCAGCUGCAGCGACCAGGACAGGCAGACCCCCCUCACUUCUUCCCCGCUUCCAGCCUCCCGCCCUGGAAGCCACAAAGGGACAGAUGCGAGGCCACCAGACAGGCACAGAUACCAUCUCCCUUACCCGGCCAGCUGCCCCAACCCCUCCCGGCCUUGCAAUGGGUCCCCUGGGGAGGGAGAGAGCCGAGACCUCAGGGGGAGGGGAGGCCAGUCCUCGGGGGGCCCUCCGCGGCGUGUCAAUUUCAGCCAGUGACCUCUCCGACAGUCCCACCCCCUCCACUGCCUGGUCAUCGGCUCAAUUUCGGCCCUCAAUAGCGGUCACUCUCAUCCCAUCUCCCGGUCAAUUUCGUCCCUUCUGGCGGUCAAGUCCAGCCCCCCCCCCCCCGCCCCCGCUCCCGGGAGGCUCUGCCUCCCGGGUCCUCUGGCGCCGGCCGGCGAGCUGUGUCCGCCCCAGGCUGUGCCCACCUGCCGCGCUCCUCUCUCGCCUCGGCGCAUCUCGGGCCUCCGGGUCAGUGUCCAGCUGCCGCGGUCUCGGCCCCAGCGACUCCUGCGCCCCCAGCCCCCUUCCCUCGGCGGCCGCGGCUCCCCUCCCUCCCUCCCUCCCCGGACCAGCUGAAGGUCUCUGUCACCUCAGAGGGGAGCGCAGGGGAGGGGAAGGGCGGGGAAGCCUUGACGUUGCUUCCCAGGACGCGGCCCGGGGCGGGUAGGGACGGGGCGACCGCGGGAGCGCCCCCUCCCCAAAGUCCCACCUCGCGGCCACGCGCGCCCGCGGUCGCGCGUAAAGUCCCCGAAAGCUUGAACGCGGAUUGCAGGAGGUUUUUAUUUCCCUUUGUGCGGUGGCUGGGGCCGGAUGGAGGCAGCCGGCCGGGGGCCUUGGGAUUAGGGCUCCCCCCAGCGCGGAGCGGAGAGCAACAAAGGAUGUACCCUGCCACCGUCCCCGCCGCGCAACUUCGCGCGCGGCGCUCGCGCCCCAGGGGAGCCGGCCAGCUGCGCUGAGAAGCCAGGCGUCCCGGCUGAGCAGGGCUGGGGGCGUCCUCGGGCGCCGCUCCCCGGACCUCGGAGCCCCAGCGAGGAUCCCGGAGCCUCCCAGGCGGCGGAGGCGGCGCCGCACACGGGAGUGCGCUGCCCGCGCAAAGUCUGCGCGCUUCCGCGGAUGCCCCUCGCCCCGGCCCUUCGACCCCGCGCGCGCCGCGUUCAGGGACUUGCCGGGCGCCCUUCACCCUGUGGUGCUUGGAGAGCGAGCUAAGCCAGGUUUGGGGUGACACAAGCCCAAAUGGCCAAGUGGCUUCGGGACUACCUGAGCUUUGGCGGUCGGAGACCCCCUCCGCAGCCGCCCACCCCGGACUACACGGAGAGCGAUAUCCUCAGGGCCUACAGGGUGCAGAAGAAUCUGGACUUUGAGGACCCCUAUGAGGACUCUGAGAGCCGCCCAGAGCCAGACCCUGCGGACCCCGGAGACACCAAGGGCCACGGAGACUCCAAGUUCGACUCUCCCAAGCACCGGCUCAUCAAAGUGGAGGCCGCAGACAUGGCCAGAGCCAAAGCCUUGCUGGACAACCCCGGGGAAGAGCUGGAAGUUGACACUGAGUAUUCAGACCCCUUUGAUGCCCAGCCUCACCCGCCACCCCCAGAUGAUGGCUACAUGGAGCCCUAUGACGCCCAGCGGGUCAUAAGUGAACUGCCCUGCGGCGCGGGGCUACAGCUGUAUGAUACUCCUUAUGAAGAGCAGGACCCAGAGCGGGGGGACGGGCCCCCUUUUGAUCAGAGGCCUCGGCAGAGUCGGCUGCCCCAAGAGGAUGAACGUCCAGCAGAUGAGUAUGACCAGCCCUGGGAGUGGAAGAAAGACCACAUCUCCAGAGCAUUUGCAGUGCAGUUUGACAGUCCAGAGUGGGAAAGGACCCCAGGCUCAAUCAAGGAGCUACGGAGACCCCCACCCAGAAGCCCCCAGCCCGCAGAGCGUGUGGAUCCUGCUCUGCCCCUGGAGAAACAGCCGUGGUUUCAUGGACCGCUGAGCCGCGUGGAUGCCGAGAACCUCCUGUCACUCUGCAAGGAAGGCAGCUACCUCGUGCGGCUCAGUGAGACCAGCGCCCAGGACUGCUCCCUGUCCCUCAGGAGCAGCCAGGGCUUCCUGCAUCUGAAGUUCACGUGGACCCGAGAGAACCAGGUGGUGCUGGGGCAGCACAGUGGGCCCUUCGCCAGCGUGCCCGAGCUGGUCCUGCACUACAGCGCUCGCCCGCUGCCGGUGCAGGGAGCCGAGCACCUGGCUCUGCUGUACCCCGUCACCAGUCACCACGCCGAGACCUUGAGUCGGCUGAGAGGGCCCGACAUCCUGCCGCUCAGCAGAGGUCUUUCUGGUCCCUGAGGAGGACUGGGGAAGGGAUGGACACACAGACCCCCUCCCCGCCCGCCCGUGCCAAGUCUCCAUCAGAGUGGCCUUCCGGGUCCCCGCUGUGUUCCAGGGCCCAGAUGGUGUCUAAAAGCCCUCCCCUGGCCCGGCAAUAAAGAAGCUGCUGUCUUUG